AUGGGUUCUGUCCUGCCGUCGGAAGCGCUGACUCUCAAAGCUGGGUUCAAGCCCCACGGUUUCUCGCUGGCGGAGAUCAUCACUUCGGACAUCCUUCACAGCUUCUUGUACGGCCGCUGGAGGAACGUCCUGGGAGAGCAACUUUUCGAAGAGAAGAGCAGUUCCGGGCAGAAAACCGCCUUCACCGCUGAGGCGUUGGCACAGUCCUUCACUGGAGAGGUUCAGAAGCUGUCGAGCCUGGUGCUUCCGUCUGAAGUGAUCAUUGCUCAGAGCUCGAUCCCCGGGGAGGGGCUCGGCAUCUUCUCCAAGACUUGGAUUAAACCCGGUACCGAAAUGGGACCGUUCACCGGCAGAAUGAUCUCCCCGGAACACGUGGAUCUCUUCAAGAACAACAACCUGAUGUGGGAGGUUUUCAAUGACGACGGCACGGUGCGAUACUUCAUAGACGCGAGUCAGGAGGAUCACCGCAGCUGGAUGACCUACAUCAAAUGCGCCAGGAACGAGCAAGAACAGAAUCUGGAAGUGGUUCAGAUCGGAAACAACAUCUUCUACAAAGCCACCGAGACAAUCCCUCCGGACCAGGAGCUGCUGGUGUGGUACGGGAACACACAGAACACGUUCCUUGGUAUCCCAGGGGUCCCAGGGAUGGAGGAAGAACACAGGAAAAAGAACAAAGAUGACGACCAGAGUGCGGGGGACGGUUCCGGCGGGAGCAACGUGGGGCGGAUGCGGUGCGUGAUCUGCUACCGAGGCUUCAACUCCCGCAGCAACCUCCGCUCCCACAUGCGCAUCCACACCCUGGACAAGCCCUUCAUCUGUCGCUUCUGCAACCGCCGUUUCAGCCAGUCCUCCACCCUGAGGAACCACGUCCGCCUGCACACGGGCGAGCGGCCCUACAAGUGCCAGGUAUGCCAGAGCGCCUACUCGCAGCUGGCCGGACUCCGAGCUCACCAGAAGAGCGCCAGGCACCGACCUUCCCCCGGUUCCCUGCAGCCGCACUCGCCGCCCCUGGCCGGGCCGCACUCGGCCCCUCUGACACACCGCAUCCCCACCAUGGUGUUGUGACUCCAGCCGCCUCUGAUCAUGUGAACGAAAACUAAACAAUAACUUCAGUAGAAGGUGGAUUCUCAUUGGCAUCCGGACGGGUAGCGAAAAAGCACCGACAAUGAAAACAGACCCGACGCAUCAAGGGGGUCCUCGUCUCCCUUUACUUUUUGGUAAAUGAAGGUUCCGGGGACAGUUCAGCCUCUCCCCCCUGCAUCCCGUGUAGUCCGCUAACAUCGGGGGGUUGGGGGGGGGGGCGGAGAAGGUCGCAGCGGGAAAUAUAAACUAAAUAGUUGGCCAGGAAGCCCAGCAAUGCUCCGGACAGAGUUCAGGGUGGUCUGUAACUCUACCCGCCCCCGGUCCAACAGGAACAGGCUGGAAACCCAGUGGGUCUUCUGGCUCCCUGGCAGAUUUAUCUUCCCUCAGCAUCUCGUGUCCGUCGUGAGGCUCCCACCACUCACUGGAGUAACCUGUUGCCGCUGGCAAAAUCGCACGUUGUCUCUCGCUCCCCAAUGUACAUAUUAAAAAAUGCCCUCUCAUACCACUCUAACACCAUUUUGUGCCACCCUUUCAGAACCAACGCGCCUGCAAACGAAUUACUGCAAUCAGUUCCAUUUUUCCCCACAAAUACGUUUUCCUCGCGUAGCCCAGCAUCAGACUGAUUGUUGGUUCAGUUUGCAGGGAUUCAUGGACAUAACGGCGCACCCCGUACACAUUCGCCACCGCCCAGGGUCGGGUGUGGGAAAUUGGGGUUCAUUUCCCUCGCUUUGGUUGAUCAAAGAUCAAAGCCAGUCAUCAUACCGGCAGCUACUUACACAAUCCAGGCAAGCAAACCCACAAGAAACACCGUGUUCUGACCAACUCACUAAGGUAGCACAAAUAGUUUUUCUACAAGAAUCAAACGGCACUGCAAAAUCCAGUCGGUCGGUUGAACUUUAAAAAAGAUACAGUUGAUUUUGCCAUGAAAUCCCCAAUUAGGAUAAAUGACCGUUUCAAUAAAAGAUUCUCAUAAUUAAAUAUUGUGAAUGUCCUCUC